CAAAGACCAAAAGCGGGUGAUUGAUCAUUAAGCGGCCAUAAACUUAACUUAAAAUACUUUUAGGUCAUUUUUUAGCUACUACAAACACCCAGCAUCUGAAUCAAGACGUCCCUACCGCCAUGGAAAACGCAUUGUUGAUGCGAGUGAGUGUUUUCUCCGACCAGGGAGGCAGGAAAUACAUGGAGGACGUUACCGAGGUUGUAGUGGAGCCCGAGUCCGGGGAAGACGAGCUGAACUCGGACGAACAAGAUGAUACCAAAGGAGAUAGCUCGACGGUCGACAUUGUGCCUGAAAACGAGCAGUCUGAUCGGACUGUACACAACGCACUGAACGAGCCUCUAUCUGCCUCCACUACAGUUUCAUGGACACAAAAUGUACAAAAUGGGGACCAAAGUUGUUCUGCAGUUUCGACAGUGGAGAGUUCACCGGCGGAGAGCGAUAACCGCCCCCAGCGCUCAGUGGCUUUCUUCGCGGUGUUUGAUGGCCACGGAGGCCGAGAGGCAGCGCAAUUCGCACGGGACUAUUUAUGGGAAUUCAUCAAGAAACAGCGGGGGUUUUGGUCCAAGGAUGACGAGGAAGUGUGUGCAGCUAUUCGUAAAGGUUUCGUUGCCUGCCACCAUGCCAUGUGGAAAAAGCUGCCCGAAUGGCCCAAAACUCUCACAGGGCUUCCCAGCACCUCAGGCACCACGGCCAGUGUAGUGGUCAUCCGGGGGGACCGAAUGUACGUGGCUCACGUAGGAGACUCUGCCAUAGUGCUGGGGGUCCAGGAUGACCCCACGGACCAGUUCAUCAGGGCCGUGGAGGUGACACAGGACCACAAGCCUGAGCUGCCCAAGGAGAGAGAACGCAUCGAAGGGCUGGGGGGCAGUGUGAUAAAGAAGUCUGGUGUGAACCGGGUGGUGUGGAAGAGACCCAGACUGACUCAUAACGGGCCCGUCCGGAGGAGCACUGUCAUCGACCAGAUCCCUUUCCUGGCUGUGGCCAGAGCUCUAGGGGACCUGUGGAGCUAUGACUUCUACAGCGGAGAGUUUGUAGUGUCCCCGGAGCCAGACACCUGUGUUCUGACCCUUGACCCCCAUAAACACCGUUACAUCAUCCUGGGUAGUGACGGGCUGUGGAACAUGGUGCCCCCCCAGGACGCCGUCUCCAUGUGCCAGGACAACGAUGAGGCCAUGGCGCCGUGCGGGGUGUCCAGCGCUCGCCAGCUGGUGAGCCACGCCCUCCUGCGGUGGCGCCAGAGGAUGCUGCGUGCGGACAACACGUCGGCCAUCGUGAUCGCCCUGCAGGAGCCGGGCGUCCCUCAGGAACCCCUCCACCAUGAGGAGGUGCUGCUGAACCUGGCCGAGGGACAACACUGUGGCCCCGCAUCGGACUCCCGCUCCAACACCUCACUCAUCAAGGUACAGAGCAGAGGGAAUAUUAAGGUUCCAGACAUGGACAUGUCGUCUGCUGUGUGUGAGCUCCUUCCGACCCUGGAGCGUGGACACGGCCUAUCAGGGAGCAGCCUGUACGUCCUGGCCCUAUCAGAUCCCUUCGGCCCGCCCCUCUCCGACUCGGACGACUCCCGCACCGGUUUUCCCCUGGGGGAGGAGCUUAGUGAUGUCACCGCCAGGAUGCCCGGCGGCAAACGGACUCACGAUGACACGUCACCCAACCCCGUCCCGUCCGCCAAGAGGACCCGGAGGAAGAAUGGCGAGGGAACGGGAGCGGGGCCAAAAGGAGGUGGAGGAAAGGACCAGAAACAGUCUCUGACUCCGCCCCCCACCAACGUUUCCCCCACGCUUUUCCAGCAGCAACACGGCAAGGCCACCGUGUGUGUGUGCUGAGAGACACACACACUCUACAGACGGACUAACAGGGACACAAGACAGACAAUAACAUUCUGCCUCUUCCACAAACUUUUACAAAUGACUACUGACUGAGAGACCAGUCACUUUCAGGAUCGUGGUCUCUCUGUUUGGUGUCACUUUCAGGAUCGUGGUCUCUCUGUUUGGUGACACUUUCAGGAUCGUGGUCUCUCUGUUUGGUGUCACUUUCAGGAUCGUGGUCUCUCUGUUUGGUGACACUUUCAGGAUCGUGGUCUCUCUGUUUGGUGUCACUUUCAGGAUCGUGGUCUCUCUGUUUGGUGUCACUUUCAGGAUCGUGGUCUCUCUGUUUGGUGUCACUUUCAGGAUCGUGGUCUCUCUGUUUGGUGUCACUUUCAGGAUCGUGGUCUCUCUGUUUGGUGUCACUUUCAGGAUCGUGGCCUCUCUGUUUGGUGACACUUACUAGUCAUAUUGAUGGAUUACAUAUUGGUAUUGUGUUAUGCACAUUCUCUUCACUUGUCCUCUGUUAUCUUUCGUCUUACUCUGUUCUCUGGGAUGGUGGAGAAGGAUUUUAAGUGGUGGUCUGUCAUGUAAUCAUUUUGAACCCACGUAAGUAACUCUGUGAUGCAAAGAAAGGGUAACAUUUUCAAAACACAAAGUUUUCCCAAAGUAACCACAACAUUUGGGGUCGACGGGCACUUCCAAAACGAGUUUGGAAUACUGCGUCUGGGUGAUGGUAGCGUGUGAAAGUCCACAAGAUAUCUCUCACUCAUUAUGUCGUGACUAAAUAUUUAUUUUCUUUUUGUGGUGUUUUGGGGACAGAAAAAUCACCCAAAGUAUGAAUUUAUCCAAUCUGUUUAUAUAUUCUGCAAAUCUUGACGUGGGUUCAUUGAUAAGUACAUGUGAUACUUACUUUUAAGUAAAGCAAUAUAUUUUUAUACAUUGUUUUAUUUUACUAUUGUAGAAGCUAUAGACGAGGAUAGCCUACCAUUAUUAGAUUUUCAAAUCAAUAUAUUUCCACCAUUUCCUAAAUUCACUUUGUCCUAAUAAUCUUGAUAUUCACUUGAUAUUUAUUAUAAUCUUGCUAUUCCCUCAUAGUAUUCAAUCCUCCUAUCCUUUAUGGGUUACUAUGCCCAUCCUGGUUUUAAAUUGGAUUUUUAAAUGUUUUUUUUUUCUUCUAUUGUGUGUGUUCUGUUAUUUCUUCACAUAUUGAAUGAGAUGAUCCCAAACUGAAAGGUGCUGUUACAGUUUAAACCAGUGAACUAAUAAUGAAUUAAUAGUUGGACAAGGUGAACUGUAUAAUAUAGUCAGUCGGGAUGUUGUUGUUCCCACUGUCAGAUGAGCUCACAUGACGCCUGGUGGUCAUUACCCGUAACUGCAACGCUUAGCCUAUUUUCUUAACUUUUUACUGAAUUUAACCCCCCCAACAAGAUCUACAGACAAUGAACUAUAGGCUAUUUAAACACCCCAGUUGAGUCUAUGGGUUCUGUCUGCAGUGGUCUUAUCAGAGAAAAUGAGUCUAUGGGUUCUGUCUGCAAUGGUCUUAUCAGAGAAAAUGAGUCUAUGGGUUCUGUCUGCAGUGGUCUUAUCAGAGAAAAUGAGUCUAUGGGUUCUGUCUGCAAUGGUCUUAUCAGAGAAAAUGAGUCUAUGGGUUCUGUCUGUCUGCAGUGGUCUUAUCAGAGAAAAUGAGUCUAUGGGUUCUGUCUGCAAUGGUCUUAUCAGAGAAAAUGAGUCUAUGGGUUCUGUCUGCAAUGGUCUUAUCAGAGAAAAUGAGUCUAUGGGUUCUGUCUGCAGUGGUCUUAUCAGAGAAAAUGAGUCUAUGGGUUCUGUCUGCAGUGGUCUUAUCAGAGAAAAUGAGUCUAUGGGUUCUGUCUGCAGUGGUCUUAUCAGAGAAAAUGAGUCUAUGGGUUCUGUCUGCAGUGGUCUUAUCAGAGAAAAUGAGUCUAUGGGUUCUGUCUGCAAUGGUCUUAUCAGAGAAAAUGAGUCUAUGGGUUCUGUCUGCAGUGGUCUUUGAGAAAAUGGUAGUGGUUAACUAGCUAGUUGUCAAUAUACAUGUUUGUUUUUAAGAAUACUAUGGGAGGGGUCUUACAUAAGAACUUUUAUUUGAUUGACUUGAACGAGGACUGCUCGGCUCGAUAUAUACGACUCGUUGACAUGUGAGUGAUAUCAAUGUUUUAUUUCAAAAUGCAGUCAGAUGCUUCCAUCUUAAUUUUACCUACAUGGAUAUUACUUUCAUGUCAUGAAUGACGUGAUCAAUUUAAAAUGGUUUAUUAUUUGACCCGUUGUCGUCACAUAGUGAUUACAGGGCAUCAGACUUCUGACAGUGAUAGUGUUUUAAGAAAGGUCUACCGACUGUCACGUUUGCUUCAGGACAAGCUCUCGUUAAAUUAUUAAUCAUUUUCUGUAUGUAGUUUUUGUUUUUCUAGACCAAAGUGCAAUUUUAACUGGGCGAUUUGUUUUUUAUUUCCUACUAGGCCUAUAUUUGUGUUAGAUAUUUUUUUAAUUUUAACUCUUUUGUUGGAUUAAACAUUUUAAAUGUU